AAGGGAGAGAGACAAAGAGAAAUGAAUUCUAAGUAUUUGAAGUUGAAGAAGAAAUAAUUCAGUCUCGGCGUCAACAAAGGCACAUUAGCCUACAUGUAACGCAUUCAAGAGGAAAUGGCGUAUAUCCGCCAUUGCUGCUCAUUGCUUCUUCUUCUUCCACCUAAUACACACACACAUACACAGGCAACGAAUGACGUAAGGCUCAUGCUGCGAAAACAGGGUCAGGUUCCUGUGGACGUCUCGUAAAAUAGAACAUAUUUUGGUCAAAGUUGUUUUUUUAACUGUGUUUUCUACGAAAUGUCCUUCACGGCACUAGUUUGGUAUUUGACAAGCAAUACAUAUUCAUCCGCUUCUACAUGAGUGUCAAGAGCACUGUAGUACCCGGAUGGACUGUCAUGGCCGCCGUCGCUGUGGUUCCAUAGAGAGGAGAGAAGGAAGGCAAAUGUUUGUGCUGUGUGUGUUUCCACCUCUGCCUCCUUUUUAUAAUGUCGGACGUUGACGGGACGCCGCCUGAACUUCCAUCGAGUUCAUAGCACCGUCUCAACACUACGAGCUCCUCUUCGUUAGACACGACAUGCAUUAAUGUUUGAGUCUUUCCUAAAGGAAUACAGAUAUCUGCAGGUUUACAAUUAUGGAAGAAGACCUCACAAUACCUCAUGAUUCUGCCAAAAACUGCAACAUAUCAGUAACGGAGGAUGAAAAAGAAAAGGUAAAGGACUUUGUGUAUAAGCAUUUCAGAGAAGUGACAGAUGGGUCACUCUUCAAUAAUGCAGAAGAAUCUUCUAUUAAGGAACACGGGAGUUCCACCAAGAAAGAUAAACUCUCUCUUAAUAAGGGCCAUUGUAGAAUUCAGCAGGGGGCUGUUUUCUCUGGAAAAAUUCUGAGCUUUGAAUGCUCGGUGUGUAAAGAUGCUUCCACAUAUAGCCCCAAUGAUCUCCUCAAACAUUUUCGAGCAGCUCAUAAAGGAACACUUCCGACAUACCCUUGUGACCUGUGCAGUUUUGUCACACACGAAUUCCCUGCUCUUCAACGGCAUCGGAUUGAGCACAGGAAUACUUUGGUUACAUGUGAGCUCUGCAAUGAUGAUGUUCAGUACUCUCUGCUUUUGCUCACUAGACACUACAUAAUGUGUCACAGUCUAAAUGGACAUUUCAACUGUGACUGGUGUGAGUUUACUACGGUGGAUGCAGGUACAUUUGUCCAGCACAUCCAUCAUCAUAAUGAGAAUCAUUGGAAGUGUUCAAAAUGCAGACAUAUCAGCUUGACCGAAGAGGAUCACCAAAAGCAUACUAAAGCUCACUCGGGUACAUUCCCCUUUAGUUGUCAGAUGUGUGGAUAUGGUGCAGCAAGAAACGAGUACCUUAAAACACACAUGACAGCUGUUCACAAAGAGGAGAUGGAGAGAAGGAAUGCAUGGAAGGGUAUAGAGGACAGUGGCACUCCAGCAAACUCAUCUGCAAGCUUAAAACAUUUGUUAAAAAAGAGUGGUGAAUCGCAGGAGGCUCAGAGGGUAUCAAAAUUGAACUGUCUUUCUGGGAGUUUACCAAACCAAAAUGGCAGGUUAAUCAAACCAGAGAUAUCCUUAGAGGAGGUCCAUCAUGUUGCAGAUGGGAAUCUAGCAAAAAAAGACAACAAAAUUUGGAGCAAAGCCUCUCAUAAUUCAGAGCAGUCAAUGCCAGUAAUGUUACAGGAGUGUGACAACUCUGCAAUUUCUGAUGCUGUAAGUCACACCAAUCCUAAUGGACUGACUGUUCUGAUGGUUAAGAACAAAAUCUCUCUUCCCCCAAACUGUACAACCAAAGUGAUGGGAUUCAAGAUGGUUGAUGGGAAAAAACAUUUAGUUCUCAAAGUAAUACCAGCAGCAAAGCAAGACUCAUCUACUCAGAACCAAUCUUUGGUUGAAGAUGUGGGCUCCUCAGCACCAAAUCCUUUGUCGGAUAGAAGUAAAAUCACUGAGAAUGGGGAAUGCUCUGAUAGCAAGAGCUCAACGUCACAUUGCUUUGCCGUUUCUCCAAGAAGUGGAUCUUGCAUACAGAUGGAUCAAGACGAUAUUAUGGCAGUAAAAGUAAAGAUUGAGGAGGAAGAAACCUCUGUUUGCAACCUUGAUUCCAGCCUGCAUAGAGAUGAUGUUGAGCAAGAAACUAAUCCUUUACUAAAUAGAUCUUCAACAUGUGCAGACACAUUAUAUCCAAUGGCAAAUGAGUAUGAUCACAUGGCUGACCAAAGUCAUCCACGUCAAGCAACUUCUUCAGAGAAGAGUGGUUUUGAUAGUAACUCAGUCUCUGCAACAUUCAACUCUGAUGCAACCAGUUAUUGUGGUUUUAAUAGCAGUAAUACUUCAGCAAUGUGUUCUGGCAAAGUCAUUGGUUUAUCUUCACCUUCAAAAGUUACUCAGGAAACACUGCUUUCCAAACAAGUCUCCCAAAAAACUGUUGAGAACUGUGGGGCUGCAGAUGAGUUAUCGAUGGCUGAAACAGAAACAGACACACCCACUGACAAACACAAGUGGAACUCUUCUUUUCACACGAUAGAAAAUGAUAACCAGUCUUCUCAGAGUACACCAGAAAAGGGCAAUCUAGAUAGGGUCACAACUAAGAUUAAACAUAAAAAUGGCCAGAAAAACUUUAAAAAGCUUUUGACAAAUCCAUCACCUCCAUCAGAGUCAUCCCCACACACUCCCGGUAACUGCAGAGAAAGUGCCAUGGGCUCAGAAAAUUGCACACAAAAUUCACCAAACCAAGAAGUAUUUACUUUUCACAAUUAUUCUAAGGAAACAUUCAACACCUCACCUAACACUACACAAAACUUUGAGAAUAUGUAUGAACAUUCAGCAGACAAAGAAAGCAUUUGCGAAUCAUCGCACUUUAGCUUAACAUUGGCAGAGUCUCCAGAAUCAUUCACAGAAAGUGGUAAUGGAGACGAGUUAACUCUGGACGGCAUGAAGAAACUGUCAGAUAGUGAUUUCGAAGUUAAUGAAUGCACAGCUGAUGACCCUCUCACUGAGGAUGAAAAUCCUGAGUCAGUGCUCCAAGACUUCAAUAUUAUUAAAAUUGAAGAUGAGACCAUUCCAAUAUCCAAAAAACAGCCAGAAACAAAGAAUAGUGCAACUUCCUUGGGUAGUUUUGUGGAGGAACACUCAGAUGCAAUCAUUACCCAACAACUUAAUAAGGAAAGAAUUGGAUCUUCAAGCAAUGAUUCUUCAAAACAAACAAAAACGACUCUACGAAUUCUUCAAUUACCAGAGGGUAAGCAGCCAGUGCUCUUGAGGACUACUGAGAAUCGAUUUGCCAUGCCAGUGCAGGUCAAAGCCACUCCAGGUUUCAAACUAAUAACUAAUUCUGCAAAUCCCCAGAUCAAUGUAUCUUACAUGACACCAGGGUCAGAAAGAUCAGGUAACCCUACUGGCCUAACCCUUACUCCAAACAGCAGGAGGAUAGGUGUAUCAGCAGCACCAAAGGCAGGAGCUGCUGAAAAAGGGACGACCCUUCUCUCUGCUGUUCAACCAGGUGUUGGCACCACUUCAAAUCACUACUUAAUCAACAGCCCAGGUUUUAAGGGUCCUGUACUAUUUUCAAGCACUCCACAUAAUGCCCCUACAGAUAAAACCGCAAAGGCACAGCCAACUUGCUACUUGGUACAGAGGUCUGUUCCAUUUGUUCAGACCCCAAGUACUCCUGGCCUCAGACUGGCAAGUACACAACUCCCACUGAACUCAAGGCCAGUUCUAGCCAUGCCAGUGAGCUCUGCGGACAAACCUAGCACUCUGCAGACUGGUCGACAGGCAUUCUUGCUUCGAUACAUUUCUCCACCAAAAUCAGGCCUACUGUUGAACAACCAAGACACAAAGACUGGGACUCAGUGUAACCAAACCAAUGAAACUACUGGGAACAAGGUAAUAUUUAAAAUCGUCACUCCUACCGGUAGCAUUCUUACAAGCGGCGCUCCCACCUCAAGCAAUCAACCUUUGUUUCUGGCCACCAGACCUCAGACCCAGUGUUUUCUGGUGUCAUCAAACAAAACAAAUGCAAGUGUCUCCAAUGGACUAAAGAAAUUGAUCACCAUACAAAAUACUGCACAGAAAGAUGUCAAGGAAUCUUGCAUUUCACCCUCUCAGAUGAAUGUAAAGGUACCAACAUGUGAAGUGGAGAAACCUAUUCUAGCCCCAAGGCCAAUACGGCCUCCAAGCCAAAGGAAACGGCGCAGGAAACCAUUAUUUGAUGAGCUUCCAGCAACGGUGCAUAAAGCUAGAAGACUCUCAAAUAAAGUACUGACUGAGAAAGAGACUACUGUGUUAUGGGAGCCUGUAGCCAAAGACGUAGAAAGGACAUUAAGACUUGCCCCAUUCACUUCUCUACAGCAGGUCAAAUGCCCUCGUAGAUACCAACCUGUCGUGGUGCUUAAUCAUCCAGAUGCUGACAUUCCAGAGGUGGCCAAUAUCAUGAAAGUAGUUAACAGGUAUAAAGGUGCUGUUACUAAGGUCUCUCUGUCUCAGAAAACAGUCCAAGCGCUCUGUGCUCAAGGGAUGAAUUCCUUGACCAAAGGUGCAUCACCUCACAGUGAUGAUCCAAGCCCUCGGCCAGUUCGGAGUUCUGUCCGAGAGCGUUUCCUCCUGAAAAUGAAGCUACGAAAAAAGAGCAAAAAAAAGUACGAAGUAGUCGAAACUUCGGGUUGUAGACAAGAACCUGUGGUGUUUGACUGCUGGUUUUGUGGUCGGCCCUUCAACAGCCAAGAAGAUUGGAUUGGCCACGGGCAGCGGCACCUCAUGGAGGCAACUAGAGACUGGAAUAAACUGUUCUGAAAGUUUUCCAUCACCUUAAAUGGGUUCAUAUUCUGCCAUUUUUAAGGUGGAACAAAUGGUUGAAGUUGUAUAUUUUUUAAUGACCUUCCACUAUACAUUUUGUUCAAUUUCUUUUCCUGUAAAUAUAUAUUCUUAAGUGAAUCAUAGUUUAUCUUUUCAUAGGUGCAUAUUCUGGUAAAUUAUGUACUGCAAGUAUGGUUUUUAUAUCAUGCAUGCACAGGUCAGAUUGAGCUGUGAAAAUGGUACACUGUAAUUGGAGUUAUUGUUAGAGGACUAGCUGAAAGAGGGCACAAUGUCAGCAACGGUUGUAUGCAGAGUUGGUUUAAAUUACUCAGGUGAUUUCAUAUUAAUCUGGUUUGUCAUUUUUGCUCAUAAAUUUCAAAAAGCAUAGGCCUAGUUUAAGGGACUUUUGUAUCUUUUAUUACCCUGCACGAGGACAGGCAAACUGUAUUUGUAUAGCUUAAUUCUAAAGCUUGUAGACAAAUUAUUUUGCGCUUGUAAUUAAAAAAAAUGUUCUGGUCCAAAUUAUUCCUUUUUGUAUGAUGUUUUAAUUAAAUGGGAUAUAGUUUUACACGGUUUCCUUGUCAGGACUUUGUCAACUUGUAGCAUGCAUUUGACUACAGUUAAGAUUUUUCACAGUAAUUUCUUUGGUCUGCCUAGUGUUGCUGAUGGAUGGUUUUAUAAAAUACUUUUGCAGAAAAGAGAAAUCCUGUAUCAGUUACAUAGGGAUGUUGUCAUGGCUCUCUGUCAGUACUUGAAAAUUUUCGAUCAGCCCAUUUUACACUCUAUGCAGUUUCGAUACAACGGUAUUUUUGUUUGCCUGUGAUCAUGUUGUGAAUCCACAUUUGAUUAACAAAUUUACUGAUAAAUGUCAAAAAAUUCCCAAAGUUGUGUUCAGAUUGUAAUUCUUUUGGUUGUUAAAGUGUUUAUUCAUUUAAUGGUGCAGGAUGGUAAAAUCAAGAAAGACGUCAUGAAAAUAUGUCAGAAUCUGUCAGAUUUGGCAUUCACUUCCAAAACCUUUAGAUGUCAGAGUAGAGUUGUUAAUUGUGGAGGUUAUGAGUAAUUCUACCCCAUAUGUCAAUAAUAUUAGUUAAACUAGGACUACAACUAACAAUUGUUUUCUCUAUUGAUUUAAUCUACAGAUUAACUUCUUGAUUAAUGCUCAGCUAACUGUCAGAAUAUAGUGAAAAAUUACACCAAGGCGUCCCUUUGUCUGACAGGCCAUUAUUCAGUUUAUCAUUGCACAGUACAGAAAAAGCAGCAAAUCAUCACAUUUUAGAAUUUUCUUUAAAAAAAAUCCUUUAAAUUGUCCCGUAAACACAGCUUGUGAAGUAAUGGCUAUAUCUCAAGAAAUUAUGUGACAGAUUUCCAAUUGUUUUUAUUGUCACAGACCUUGACAACAAUAAACUGUAAUAAUUUGCCAUGCUCUACAAAAUAACAAAAAUUUAGCUGCUUGGACCACAACGACAGCACAGCACUUUGGGAAAUGGAAACGAUGUUUUUGCAGCUUGAACCCGUGUUCCCGCUGCUCAUGCUGAUUUAGAAUAAGGCGUAGUUCUGAUGGGAAGAGUUGGCUGGACCACAAAUCCCAAAUCAUUUAGUGGAACUACAAAAUGUGACAGGAAAACUUUGAAACUGUACAGGAACUAGAUGACGGUGUAUAUAAAAAUGUGACAACAUUUUUGACAUACAUUUACUUUAGAACAAAGAGCAUCCAUCCAUAAAGCAGAUAAAACAACAGGAAGGGCAUUUUCAUGCAUUUUUAAAACUUCUCUUGCUUCAAUAAAACAAUGAAUACAUUUAGUAGUGAUCUAAUAGUUACUGUGAUGUUUGUUUUUCAUGCUCUAUAGACAUUUUAAGUGUAGAAGGAACCCUGAACAUAACCCAUGCAUUUGGACCCUGCAUUAACUUUUGCCUUUUAUUAUAUUAACGUUGUACUGUAAAUCUGGUCACUGUCAUCAAGUCUGUACAUACAUUUGUUUAAUGUUCAUUUGAAAUACCAUUUUUUGGGGUUGGGUUUUAACAAUUGUGUUACAGGAUGAUUGAAAUGUGGAAUGAAUGUUUAUUUCCAUUCAAUAUGCAAAAAUGACUGAACAAUGCAAAGCCAUGCUAAUGUGUUUUAUUUUUUCAUUCAAAUUGAAACAGCCAGCCACUAGUUACUGAAGGUACACUUUUCACCAGCAGUAGCUAAAUGUUCAUUUAGGUCAACAGCAGGGCAUUUCAUUCUAAAUUAGGCUCAUUCCCUGAAGUAAAACUCCUGUAAGUGUAGCAUGAGUGGUAGCUACAUUCAACUGAUACUCUUGAAACCAAACAUACACUCAACUUUCUCUUGGUUCACAAGAUGUUCUUAAAGGAAUCAUUCAGCAUUUUGUGGAAUAAGCUUCCCCUUGUUCAGAGAUUGCUCUUUGAUGUUUAACCUAGCUUAGCAUAAAGACUGUAAGCGGAGGGAAACGACUAGCCUGGCUCUGUCUAAAGUUAAAUACAACCACCAACACUUCUAAAGAUCUCUAUAUCUUAAUUUAAUUUAAUUUUCUGUGCACAAGCAGUAAUGUAAAAAUAGGUUUUAGGGAGAGUGGGUACCACAUAGUUCCAACCACAGAUUGUUCCAACCCCAUACUUCACAGACGAACAUGUCUGAUGAUUGAUGUCCAUCUACUCAUCUCACACUCCAUGAGCAAAGACGCAGAUUUCACAAUCAUUGAGCUAUUCCUUUAAUCAAACCAUCCGAGCCAGAUGCAGGAAGCUAACUUCCUUGACCAUAAUAUUUUUUUCCCAAGACGAGUUGAUUAGUUUCCUUUUUUUGUUUUCCAGCUCAGUGUAAAGCUGUUUUAAAAUCUACCCUUCAGUACAAUUCAAAGUGAAUGUGCAAGUCUCAUUAAAGUGUCCUACAGCUUCUGUUUUAUGGGGGGGAAAAUUAUCACAGCUUGACAUUCAGUCUGCAAAAUGUCAAACAUCAUUCAAACAUCUUUUCACUUUGUUUAAAGGAUUAAGUUAUCUCAUAUCUGAAUAUAUAUGUGGUUAGUAUUUCUUUCUUCAAAUCAAGGAAUGAAAUUCAAACUACAUUUUAGAAACACCGUACUUUAUUAAGGUUCUUAUAAAGGUUCUUCCAUUUAGUCUUUAUGUUGAGAGAUCAAGUUUGAUGUUUUUUUAAAGUGAAAUUUCUCAUCUGCAUUAUAAAAUGUAACAACAGAGUUUUGUGAGAGUUAAUCAAAUCAUGACACAACUGAGUACAUAUUUAAUGUAAUAACCUAACAGUAGCAUGUUGUAUUAACUACUUUUCAGCCCACUGAUUUUUUAACUCCCUCCCUGACACAGACAGCUUGAAUUGAUCCCAACCCAAAUGGAUGCAGACACCAAAUGAAGUGCAGGUCUUCUUUUAGUUUGUUUUCGCUAGGUUCAUGUUUGUUUCUGAUCACAUGGUUUUAUUUUUUCCAUGAUAUUUACAUGAAGUGUACAUUGUGAAAACAUCCCUGUGUUUGUUUCCUCUUUGUUUUCUGCUUCCUCUUCGCUGCUCUCAGGCCAAAGAACUAUUGGAUUUUAUCACAAAAUUUCAGAGUAUUGUUUAUGGGCUUUCUAACUGUACAAAUGAGUUCUGCACUGUGACCAUUACAAACCACUCAUUAUGGGAAUACGCUACUCGAUCAGCUUUUGUCAGUUUAUGAGCCUAAAAACAUAAAGUGAACAAUCAUUGAAAUCCAUUUUAAUUUAAACACAAAGAAAACUGACAGUUCACUCCAUUUCGCCCCUUCAGCUGUUAAAAUGAUGAUGAUGAUGCUUGAAAACAAAAUAGCUGAUGCGUUUCACGCCUUUGAAUGCUGAACUGAUCAUGUAAAGUAAACCGUUCCUGUCCAGCAGGCUGUUCAAUCUUUCCUCAUGCUAAGUGCCUCAAAUGUCCUUUGGCAGGUUGACUGUGUACUGUAUUCUUUUGUUCAACGUAGUGGUGCACUCUCCUCUAAUAAAUGUACAUACCUUAUGGAAACAA